AUGUCGAUCUUUAUGCAUAUGCAAGGAAUUCAUAGCAAUUUCCAUCAAGUCAAUGGAUUCAAAUUUCACCGCGUUCAUAAGUGUGAACACGGUGUAGCGAAUACCAAAAGAUCUGACUAUUUAAACUUGAAAAAUCCGGCACAUUUGAAAGCGUUUAACAAUCUCUGGGAUAUGGUGGCCACAGAAAAACGUUUGAAAGAUUUGGAGAAAGUAUCUCCAUAUCACACCACCUCAGAAGUCGAAAGCUUCAACGCUCAUGCGAAUUUUCCAAUGCGAGUUCAAUUAACGGUGCUUCAUUGGAAUCACCUGAAGCUCGAUUGA